GCCCUGCAGGCGUUACAGAGGCAGCCUAAUGCUGCUCAGUACUUCCAGCAGCUGAUGCUGCAGCAGCAGAUCAACAACGCCCAGCUGCAGAACCUGGCGGCCGUGCAACAGGCUACUCUGGCUGCCAGCCGUCAGUCAAGUCCUUCCAGCAGCGGCUCUUCUCAGACCACCAGCACCACAGCUGCAAGUGUAACAUCUGGAUCUACAACCAGCAGCCGUCCUAUGGGUGCCCCGGCAACGUCCACAAUCAGCCAAUCAGUGUUGCUGAGUGGGGGGGCAGGGGGGCAGGGACAAAUGUACCUGAGGGUCAACCGCUCCCUGAGGGCCCCCAUCUCCUCACAGCUCAUCUUUAUGCCUGGAAACACGGCCACUGCUGCCGUGGCGACUGUCCCCCAGCAGCCACAAGCUCAGCAACAGCAACAGGAAGCAAUAACAAAUUCCAGCAGCCAAUCAAAUAAUGACCAGGUGCAGAAUCUAGCCAUGCGAGGGGUGUCGGGUCCCAAAGGUAUUAAGACUGAAGCCCCAGAGAGGAGCGACUCAGCUUACUCCCUGGUCCAUCCUUCCCACCAAUCAAACUCCCCCUCUAAGCCGAACCAGCCACAUCACCAGCUGCCCCACAUCAAAAUCCCAACGUACCCUCAGCCCACCAACCUCAAAGCCCACCCUUCUUCCUCUGGGGCCUCCAGCUCCACCUCCUCCAUCCCUCUCUCCCAGCUCCUGCUUCACGGGACACGGACCCUCACUACAGGCACCACAGCUCCCACAGCAUCACACACUCUGGUCCUGACGUCCAGUGCCCCAUCCCAGGCACAUGGGUAUCCAGUUGGCACGGCAACCAUCAAACCAGGGGUCAACGCUCAGACUUUGGUGGUGCAGCCGCUGCAGAAGACCUCGCUUGGCUCGGAAAAAUCCGGACAUGGAAAUGGACCCAUCCCCAUACAACCUAAAACUCUGCAGGGGCUCCGCCUGCCCCUCCAGUUGCCCUCCAGGAACCCCCCUCCCAUCCUGCCCGCCCCUCCGCCCGUCAACAGCUCCGCUCAGCCCCCCCAGCCGCCGCACAUCCCGGUGCAGAUCGUGGGUGCGAGGCAGAGCACUCUGGGAAACACCCAGGCUCUGACUCUGGCGCGGGGCAGCUGCUGUCCCGACGGAGCCUCUGUCCUCAGCAGCUCGUCCAGCCUGCUCACCAUGGUGGCGUCCAUCGCUUCCAGGGAGGGUGGGGUCAUGGGUAGAGGGGUGGGGCUAAAGACGCUGCAGUCGCCUCAGGUGGCCCCCCCGUUGGCUCAGAUGUCUCAGGUGCAUCCGCAGAAUAUUCAAAACUCUGGACAAAGUCAGAAUGGAGUGUUGGCUUCAAGCCCCGCCUCCUCCCAGGCCCCCAUUGUUUCCCCUCCUCGCUCCUCCCUCUCCCUCCCCCUGGUGAUGGAAGAGCGGAGACGGACAACAUCUGCUGCCGUCACCAACGGAGACGCAUCGGGAAGUCAGAAACAACAGGGAAAACAGUUGACUGGCUCAUUAAAAAGGAAAUUAGAUUCCAAUUCAGUCAAUUGUGAAGACGGCCCCUCCCCUCCACGGCUCCAGCCAGUCAGAGAUCACCCCUCAGCAGUCCCGACCAAUCCCAUCGAAGCAGGCUCUGGCGCUCCUCCAGCCUCCUCCUCUCCCUCCCCACUGCUAACUGUGUCCCGUGGGGUUCUCCAGGGGGAGAGAGCUCCUCCCCCCCAAGCUGUGGUUAAACCCAACGUCCUUACACACCUCAUAGAGGGCUUUGUCAUCCAGGAAGGGGCAGAGCCAUUCCCUGUAUGUGGUUCAGUGAAGGGCUCCCCUGGGGAGGACAGUCCAGACACCAACCAAUCAGAGACUGUUGCAACAGCAACAGUGCUGAAGUGUGAGUACUGUAAAAACUUUGCUCCUGCCAGCCAGUUCAGAGGCACCAAAAGGUUCUGCUCCAUGUCUUGUGCCAAGAGGUACAACGUCAGCUUCAGGCAGCACUUCUGCGUGCGGCAGAGUCAAGGUCACGCUCCAGAUCAUGACCAAGGUCAACUCUCCAACUCCGACGAGGAGGGGGGGAUUGCAAGGCGGAGGGUCCCCCGCAGGACAAGUUCAGAAAUAGCCAGUGCCAAGAUAGCAGGAAGACCUAUACCUGUUAAGUGCCGUUCAGAGUCCAGCCAUUCAGACGAGGAGUCCAGUGGUGAGGAGGAUGAAGAUGACCCCAUGUCCCUCUCUCCCGCCUCCUCCGCCUCCUGCCACCAGCCGCCUCCCCCACUCCCAACGGAGACUUCUGAUCCCAGCUGCCUGCGUGCCAGCCCCGCCCAGUGGGGGGUGGAGGAAGUGUCACAGUUUAUUUCCUCACUACAAGGCUGUGAGGAGCACGCCCCCCACUUCCUGUCACAGGAGAUUGACGGACAGGCCCUGCUGCUGCUGAAGGAGGAGCACCUCAUGUCCACCAUGAACAUCAAGCUAGGUCCUGCCCUGAAGAUCUGCGCCCACAUCAACACCCUGAGAGACUGAUGUCAGUGUUUCCAUAAAUCCACCCUGUUCAAAUUCAAGCCCUGGGCAUUUACCCUAAACUCCUUUUCCAGGCCCAGUUAAGAUAUGAAACUUCAUUUUCAAAACAAAGGCCUUUUUUAAUCCAGCCGCUGCACUUGAAAUCUGUUGUGGACUUGUCUGAUCUGGAGCACAUUUUCAAAGGCCGUACUAGCACAGAAGUAUUGUUAUGUUGUCUGUCAUGUUUGUGAGUUUCAAAAAUACUACAGAAUGCCAACUUUAUUUUGGUGAGGUUAAAUGUGUCGUAAAAUGCUAUUGCUCUGCGAAACCAGUGCAGAUAUUAUUUUUAUCAAGUGGUUUGCUUUUUGCUUUUUUGUUGCACAAUUUCAGUCUAAUAUCUGCAUUGUAAAAUGAAGGUGUUUGAAUGUAUUUCAAUGCAGAAGUCAUUAUGUCAUAUUGUACAGGAACAUUAUUUUUUACAGACCUUUGUCUUUUUUCUUGCCUCUGAGAACAUUGUUGGUUCUCCUUUAGGAAAACACUUCUUUUUUUAAUGACAAUUUAUUAAAGUCACAAUCAGCAUUGCAUUGGAACAGAACUUCAGUAAACAAACACGCCAUAUUUCAUUCAAAUCCACCCAAAACGUUGCAAUGAGUCUGCAUCUCAAAGAUGACAUUUGAUUAUUUUACUUCUACUUACAUUUGUUUAGGGAAGUGCUUAGACCUUUCAUAGCUCUGUGUUAUUUAUAAAAACUAGUACUUUCAAAACUGUAAUCAUUAUCUAAGUGUAGCUAUCACCAUUUUUAUUUUUGGAGUGGCCUAUUCUACAGUUUACAGGGUACAUGUACAGCACAUGAGUCCAAAGGAAAUCCACAAUCUGAGACUGUAUUCUCGCAUUUAAAGAUUGUUGCUUUUGCAAAUGGUUUAACCGCCUGCUUCAGAUCUCUACAGACGGGUCUGUAUGACGGAAGGGUAACGUCAUGGGCUUGAAUUUGUGAAAUUGAAAAGAGAAACGCUGUAAAAGAUAAAUAAUGAAAGUCACCGACAGAUGUAAACUGUUAAAUAAGCUGUUGAUUUGAAGUUUCUUUAACCUGCAGUCAUGAACAAAGCCAGAAGGUUCUUAAAGAAGAGUAGGCUUGUAGCCACAUGUGGAUGAAGAAGAAAUCAUACCUGAAUGAGUGAGUGUGAGAAUGGGAAAAAAACCUUUACUGUAAUAAGUGUAAAAAUUGCCUUUAUAUUUAAAUGCACAUUUAUUUGCUGGACUGCCUUGUUUAAGCUUUUCACUCUAGGACUUUUCUCAUGUUAUCUCUGUGAACCUUGUGGCCUUUCUCACUAGUCUCUACACUAGGUUUAGAUGAGGAUUGUCUGUUUUUUUUAACUACUUUUCAUAUCAUUCCUUGUUUUAUAUUAGUGCUUACUUUUUUACGAUUGUUAUUUCAAGCAAUGACAUCUGUUGCCUUUCCCAAAAGGCGUGACUGAAUGGUAGCUACCUUGAUUAAGGAAACUUGCUGUCUUACUCAUAGCUUUGUCAAAUAGCGUGUAACUACCAACAGUAUUUACCUUUCUAGCUAGCUAUCUUUGGCUUUAUGUUAGUGACUGUGGAUAUUACAGUAUUUUCUUUAAAAAAGGAUAAUAAUCUUUGAUAGCUGUGUUUUAUAUUUCAUAGUUUUCUCUGGAUUUUUAAGUGUUUAAAUCAGCAGAUCCUUCGGCAUAUUGUGAUGACCAAAAAAGAAAUCGCCUGCUUUGCAAGUGAUUGGAGCCACAAUUUCUUAGUCAAAUGAUUGGAGGUCUGCGAUGAUUACCGGUGUAACAUUUGUGAACAAGCAGACCAUUGCAACUUUGUUUAUUCAAUCAUUGUUUUCCUAACAAGUAGCACUUUUCUCACAAAAUGACAGGAUUCUGCAAAAAGCUUUUAUUUUUAUAGAGGCUAUUUCAGGAUCAAAAUGUGUUUGCUUGCAAUAAUCAGAAAAACUGCAAAUUCCUGGAGGGACUGAGUUUGAAAAAGAGAAGCUAACAAAACUAUCAUGCAAAUAAAUAACCAAGGAACUGUU